ACUUUGUACAUAAACUAUUGAUGAUCUUGCAAAGAUUGAAGCAAAGAUCAAUGGAGACCACCUCUCCCAUUUCUUUCCUUGCUCUCAUGCUCUUGACAUUAAACCUCCCUGCACUCACCUCCGCCACUGACCAAGAUGCGCUCCUCGCCUUCAAGAAAGCCAUCACUCUCGACCCGAGCCACGUCCUGAGCAACAAAUGGUCCACAAACACCUCCAUCUGCAGCUGGACCGGCGUCUCCUGCAGCCAGCUCAACAGGGUCACGGCCCUCAACCUCUCCGGCUACGCCCUCCAUGGAACCCUAGCCCCGCACCUCGGAAACUUAACGUUCCUUCAAUCUCUUGACCUUAGCUCCAACAACUUCAACGGAAACAUACCAACACAGAUUGGAAAUUUGAGCAUGCUUCGGACUUUGUCUGUUUCUUAUAACAAGCUGGAAGGUGAUAUUCCGUCUUCCAUCUUCAACAUUUCUUCUCUGGAAUAUCUGUCUCUCGGAAACAACAGGCUCACUGGAAAUAUCCCCAUUUUCAAAUAUUCAACUACCAGGCUUCAAGUUUUGUAUCUUCGUUUUAACAAUUUGACAGGGGGCAUACCGGAAGAAAUUGGACACCUCACCUCCUUGGAGCAUCUAUUACUUAAUAACAACAGCUUGACAGGUCAUAUACCAAGGCAAAUUGGGAAUCUUACUCAGCUAAAAACUUUACAACUUCAAUGUAAUAUGCUAUCAGGUGAGUUACCGGCAGAGCUUGGGAAUCUCAUAAACAUGGAGUACAUUCAAGUAUAUCUCAACGAUUUCUUAAGUGGUUCCAUCCCUCCUUCCAUAUUCAACAUCUCAACCCUCAAGACAUUAGAUCUUGGCGAGAAUAAUUUUUCCGGCAGCCUUCCUCCCGACAUCGGCCUCACACUUGGCAGUCUCGUAGAGCUGCUCUUAAACUCUAACAAGUUCAGUGGAAAAAUUCCAACCUCUAUCGCUAAUGCUUCGAUGCUUACUAAAAUCGACUUGACCUCAAACUCAUUCACCGGCCCAAUCCCCGACUUUGGUAGUCUAAGAAAGUUGCGAAUACUUCGCCUUUGGGGAAACAAUUUGGCCGGAUCUCAAUCGCCAGAUCAAGAAUUAGGGUUUCUCUCUUCAUUAACUAACUGUCAGGAUUUAGAGAACUUGGAAUUAUCAGACAUGUCAUUGAAGAAUGCUGUCCUCCCACCUUCCAUUGGGAAUUUGUCGACUUCUCUUGUUAGUUUUACGAUGUGGAACUGCAACAUCCGUGGAGCCAUUCCUUCUGGUUUUGGAAAUUUAAGCAGUUUAAGGAUUUUGGAUUUAUCAAUGAAUGAACUCCAAGGGUUCAUCCCGGCAACGUUGGGGAAGUUGAAGCAACUCGGGAAGCUCUACCUUUAUGAUAACAAGCUUGGAGGAUAUAUCCCUACUGAUGUUUGCAAUAUGAGUGAAUUGAUGGAGCUUUUCUUGGGUGGGAAUAAGCUAACUGGUCCAAUACCUGAAUGUUUGGGGGAUGUUAAAUCUCUGAGAAGAGUUUGGCUUGAUUCGAACAAGUUGAAUUCCACGCUUCCUUCAAACUUGGUGAAUCUUCCGGAUCUUUUAGAACUAAGUAUGUCUUCAAACAAUUUCACUGGUCGGAUACCAUAUGAGAUAGGAAGGUUGAAGGCUGUCUACACGUUGGACUUGUCGUCUAACAUGUUUUCAGGCUCUAUUCCCAGCGAAAUCGAAGCUUGUCAAUCGCUGAAGGAUCUGAAUCUAUCGAGUAAUUUGUUGAAUGGAACCAUCCCCCCAUCAGUGGGGAAGCUCAAGGUGUUGGAGACAUUGGAUCUUUCUAACAAUCAUCUUUCUGGUUUAAUACCUGACUUGUUGGGGAAGCUUGAUCUUGACUUCUUUAAUGUGUCGUGUAAUCGAUUGGAAGGGAGAAUUCCUGGUGGUUUUUCCAAUAUUAGUGCUCAGUCAUUUGUGAACAACUCUGGCCUUUGUGGUGUGGAAAGAUUUCAAGUGCCAUCUUGCAAGGGAAGUCAUUCAUCGAAGAGUUUUGGUGUAAUAAUGAAAUAUGUUGUUCCUCCCUUUGUUGCAUUUAUGAUUGUGGUGGUUGGCAUACACAUUGUCAUAAGAAGAUGGAGGGUGCCUCAAGAGAAACCAACUAAUACAACCGAGGAUCAAAAGGUGGAUCUUGGUUGGAUCACAGUUUCAGAAAGGGAAAUCAUUAAGGAGACAAGUUCCUUUAGUGAGUUAAACCUACUCGGACGAGGAGGCAUGGGAGCCGUAUACAAGAUGGCGCUUGGAAAUGGGAUACAAGUUGCAGUCAAAGUGUUCAACUUGCAACACGAAAGAGCUACCAAGAGCUUUGAGACUGAGAGUCGGAUAUUGAGCACCAUUCGGCAUCGGAACUUGGUGAAGAUACUUGGUUGUUGUAGUAACCCUGAUUUCAAAGCCUUGAUUCUUGAAUAUAUGCCGCAUGGAAGCUUGGAGAAAUGGCUUCAUUCGCCCAAGUAUUUUCUAGAUCUCGUGCAGAGACUGAACAUAGCAAUAGAUGUGGCAUCAGCCUUGGAAUACCUUCAUCACUAUCAUACAUAUGCUGUUGUCCACUGUGAUAUAAAGCCAAACAAUGUGUUGCUCGAUGCAGAUAUGACUGCUCGUAUUGGUGAUUUUGGCAUUUCCAAGCUCUUUGACAAUGACGAGGUUGCAGUUCAUACUUCAAACUGGGCAACAGUUGGUUAUGCAGCACCAGAGCUGGGAUUAGAAGGAAAGGUAUCUACAAGUGGAGAUGUAUACAGUUAUGGGAUACUAUUACUGGAGAUGUUUACUAGCAAGAAGCCAACAGAUGAUAUGUUCAACGACACGAUGAACAUAAAGGAGUGGGUGGAAAAUGCAUUACAAGAAAAUGCAAUAAGGGAAAUUGUGGCAUCUGGUUUGAUAUCAAUAGAAGAUGGACAUUCAUUCCAAUGUGUGACAUCUAUUUUCGAAUUGGCAAUCAAAUGUUUAGCCUUUUCAUGUGAGAAAAGAACUAACAUGAAGCAUGUAGUAGUUGCUCUUCAGAAGAUCAAAGCGGAUUUUACAGUAGACGAGACGAAGCAUGGCAAGUGACACUUGCAUUGUAAAAUAAUUAAUACUAGUUUUUGUAGGUGAAUUAAUUUGGUUUGUCGAGUAUGGUUUGUUUGCUGAUUUUCUAUGCCUGUUUGCUAGUGUGUUUAUUAGGUUGGUGUCAUGAAUUUGCUAUUGUUUUCAAUCCAAAUAAUUGUAAGGA